AUGGAUGGAUCAAAUGAGUCUGUGGUAUAUGAAUUCAUUUUGUUGGGACUUGCAAGUUCUCAGGAGAUGAGAAUUUUUCUGUUUUUGUUCUUCUCAAUAUUUUAUGUAGCAAGUGUUCUAGGAAACCUUCUUAUUGUACUGACAGUUCUUGCUGAUGCUAGAUUGCAUUCACCUAUGUACUUUUUGUUGGCUAACCUCUCUUUCAUUGACACUUGUGUUUGCAGUAUUGCAACCCCGAAGAUGAUUUUUGAUCUCUUCAGAAAGCACAAAGUCAUCUCUAGGAAUGGCUGCAUUACUCAGAUGUUCUUUAUUCACACUGUUGGGGGUACUGAGAUGGUGCUUCUUAUAGUUAUGGCCUUUGAUAGAUACAUCGCAAUAUGUAAACCUCUGCACUACUUAACUAUCAUGAGUCUGAGAAGGUGCAUCUUGCUUUUGAUGGUAUCUUGGAUUAUUGGCUUUAUGCAUUCUAUGAUGCAAUUGGCUUUUGUUAUAAAUUUACCUUUCUGUGGCCCUAACAAAGUAGAUAGUUUUUACUGUGAUUUCCCUAGGUUCAUCAAACUUGCCUGCAUGGAUACCUAUAGACUGGAGUUCUUGGUUACUGCUAACAGUGGCUUCAUCUCCAUGGGAACUUUCUGCAUAUUGAUUAUCUCUUACAUUUUCAUUUUGGUCACUGUUCGUAAACACUCUUCAGGUGGUUCAUCCAAAGCUCUCUCCACCCUGUCAGCUCACAUCACGGUAGUGAUUUUUUUCUUUGGUCCAUGCAUCAUAGUUUAUGUAUGGCCAUUCCCCACAUUGCCAAUAGAUAAGUUUCUUGCCAUCUUUGAUGCACUUAUCACCCCUUUUAUGAAUCCUAUCAUCUAUACUUUCAGGAAUAAAGAGAUGAAGUUGGCAAUGAGGAAGCUGUUCAGUAACAUAAUGAGUUCCAGGAAGUUUUCUUAA